AUGGGCACUUCCCUCGGCCAGCCGCCUCGGCGCCACCGCGCGGGGCCCCCGGCCGGACUAGCCACCACUCGCAUCCCAACCUCUUCGGCCACGACGCUCUUCCGAUCUGAAAAACUCUUCCAAGACGCCCGCCGACGGGAGAAAAAGCGCGAGAUCACCCCCAUCGUGGAUACCCUCCUCUCGCUUGGAAUCUCCGGGUCCCCCGCCAUCUCCCAGCCCGGCCGGACUAGCCACCACUCGCAUCCCAACCUCUUCGGCCUCGGCACCAACGGCUUCCCCUACAAGUUGACCCUGGACCUGAGCCCCGCCAAUCCCGUCCAAAAGUCGCCGCAGCAUCCCUCAUCGUCACAGUUGCCCUCGGCUGCCAAAGACCUUGCCCCUGCCUCCAACACCCCUGCCUCUGCUGCUUCGUCCUCGGCCCCCAACGCGGCUCCCCCUGCUACCGCCUCCGCCUCCGCCAUCACCAUCACCUCGGAUAGCACCGACCGCCGCCCGACUCCAGCCCCGGUGCCUGACAUCUUGAUCACAUCGGCCACCACCCCUGAGGCCGAACUCCCCGGUACCCCCAUGAACCAAGCCGGCACCGCGACCGUUGUCCCUCUCUCCUCCAUGCAGCAGCCCAACCCGUCCGUCGGCGGCGGGGCAGGCACCAGCACCGCCCCCGGGGUCUUCCAAGCCGGCCAGGGAUUGCUCCUCUCGCCGAUGCAGAUCCUCGGCUUCCCUUCAUCCUCCUCCGGCGACCAGUCAUCCAUGGGCUUGCUGUCGACCGGCACCAGCGGUCAGCUACUGUCCUCGCAGGACAUGUCCUCGGCCAAUAUCGGCUCUUCGCAGCAGCAGCAGCAGCAGCAGCAACAGCAACAGCAGCAGCUCCAGCAGCUCCAGCAACUCCAGCAACUCCAGCAGGUCCUGCAGCUUCAGCAAUCCGGCCAGCAGCAGUCACCAUCGCAGCAGCAGCAGCAGCAGCAGCAGCAGUCGCUCCUGCUCCUGCAGCAGCUCCAGCAGCAGCAGCUCCAGCAGCAGCAGCUCCAGCAGCAGCAGCUCCAACAGCAGCAGCUCCAGCAGCAACAGGCCCAACAGCUCCAGCAGCAGCAGCAGGCCCAGCAGCAGCAGGCCCAGCUUCGCCAGCAGUUCCAACAGCAGCAGCAGCUCAUGCGCUUGCGCCACGAGAAUUCCUUCCUCCUGCAAAUUGGUCCGUCCAGCUGCGUGCGGCUUCGCCUGCUUGUCCAUGACGCGAUGUUGGACCGGUGUGGCAGUGUCAUGCUUCAGGAAAUCAUGGCCGUUCUCCGGAGAAUGCUUCCCCUGUCGUUGCCCGAUGGGGUGGGCGCCAGCAAGGCCCUCGAUGGCCCCGGAUCGCUGGAGGGCGCCAGUCGGGUCCACCAUUCGGCCGACUUCACGCUCACCCUGACGGUGGAGAUGGUGGAGCCAGUGAGUACCCUGUUGACGGCUGAGCGCCUGGAGCCGGAAGCCCGGGCCCUGGCGGCCGGGGUCCUCCGCUCAGUCUCCGGUCCAGCCAGCAAUGCCAGCAUGGCCCUGCCGGGCCUUGUGCUGGAUCGCUCGGCCGACACCCCCCCCGGGCUGGCCCUCUUCCGGCCGAUUGUGGUCGUGGUGCUGGUGGACGUCCCGGAAGCCGAGCUGCAGGCUGUCGCGGCCCAAACCGAGCAGCAGCAGCAGCAGCAGCCCUCUCUUGGAAGCUAUUUCGAGGGCACGGCCCCGCCAGGCGGCUAA